CAAGUACAGUUUAUAAUUGUGGGCUGGAGUUAGAGCUGCCCAGGAAGUACUACUGAAAUGGCUAACAAGACACAUUCAUCUGAUUAUACUUGGGGUUGGGAAUAUUACCUGGAUUAUAUAGAUCCACUUCCAGUUGAUGCAAAAAACCUGAAGGCAAACAGAUAUUCAAUUGUCAUAGCCUUUUGGAUUGGACUUGCUUCUUUUGUGGCAUUUCUCUUCCUUAUUUUGUUCUACAUAUCUCGGUCUGGUUCUACACCCAUGAAGAAUGGAGGACCACAGAAAACGUUUUCAUGGAAUUAUUCAAAAACUAUUAUUCAUCAAAAACAUAUAACUAAUCAUGCUAGACCAACGGCUGUAGAUAACCAAGUAGAAGAAAUUAGAGGGGACGAUUCAAACAGUGUUCUGAUCUAAACAAGACUGUUGCAACUUUAAUUUCAAUUGAAAUAUGCAGCCCAUCUGAAGAUGAAGUCAUACAGAGAAAUAUAUAACCAUGAGAUAGGUCUAGAUGUAACCUCCUCAAGAACAAGUAACCACUUUAGAACAUUUGAUAAAAUUAAGCAGGUUAUUAACACAAUCAAUUAUCUCAGCUGUAAUAUCUAGCAAAAGUUGGUAUUAAUGUCAGGAUUAAAUCAGAAACAUAAAGUUAAAAAUGUGUGUGCAAUCAGGCUUCUUUAAUCCAUUAUAGGUGAGCAGUUUUGUAAGUAGUGAAAAAACUUAACAAGAGAUGGUUUACUGUAGUUUUUUGCAUAAUGUAAGAAUGUGGCAGAUCAGACCAGUAACAGUUCAUGGUGUUGUGUGCCUGAAUUUAUUUUCAAAACACAAUUCCUUAUAUUAAAAUAAUGUUCUGCUUCAACAGCUGAAUGCUCACACCCAUCCGAGGCAAUUCAUGACUCCACUUACUUUAUGCAGAAGCUGAUGCUAAGAGCCUCACUCAUAUAUAAUAUUGGUUUUUCCGUACACUGUUUUAAUAUUUUUCCAACAAUACAGCUCUUAGAUUGUUAGUCCUCUGAAACGGACUAGCAAUCUGACAAUAAACAAAAUGUUCAAAGUACAGUUGUAGUACUCUACCCGUAAAACUCUAAAUGCAGCUGUAUCAUUCAAGAAAAACUGUUUUAGACAUUGGCUAGUUUAUAUUAUUCAUAUAUAUUUUAUUAGAAUUAUAUAAUAGAAAUCCAUGUGAGAUCGAUGUUACAUUCUUAAAGCUAUUAAUCAAAACAAGAUUUAACAUAAGUGAAGGUAUUAUUCUAUUUGUAUAUUGUUUUUUGUGCUUGCACUCAACUAUGUCUCAGACAUAACGUUUUCCUAGAGCAGUCUGUAACAGCAUCCCUAGGAACAUAGGAAACUGCCUUAUAGAGAGUCAGACUGUUGGUCCAUCUAGCUUAGUAUUACCUACGCUGACUGGCAGCAGCUCUCCAGGAUUUUAGGCAGGAGUCUGUCCCAGCCCUACCUGGAGACACCACGGAUUGAACCUGGGACCUUCUGUUUACAAAACGUAUGUUCUACCGAGCCACAGCCCUUCUGCUUCCACUAGAAGCUUCUGUCUAAACUCCAUCAAAAUGAGCAAGUGCUGCCAAAUAGCUCAGCCCCUUUCACCUCCACAAUGCCUGAGCAGAGGUUUGUUGUGGCUUUAAAGCCAUACUAAGAAACUUUGUGAACAUUAAUGAUAACAUUUCACUGACUUCAAGGAAGUUAAAACACCUCCACUCUUAAUCUGGAGAACAAGACGUAUUGUAUAACUCAAUUACUCCAUGUAUUCUCUUUGUUUUAGUGCAAAAUGAUUUAACUUCAAGCCAACUGUACUAGCUUCAAACCAUUUUUUUGCUUUUUCAUUGCUAGACCCUUUAAAACAUAAUACAUAAAAAAUAGCCUUAAAAACCAACUUUGAUAACUGCUGGAAAAAUAUAUUUAUUUGAAAUCCAGCCUUUUUUUUAAAAAAAUUACACCAUAACUUUCAUGUUACAUAUGCACAAACAAGUUACAAGUACUAAAACAAUGGUCUCUACAGUUUUGAAUGGAAUAGUUCCCCCCCCCAAAAAAAAAUUCAACACAUACUUGGCAUUUAGGAUUGAAAGGCAGGGUGAAAAACUAAGAAUGAGUAAAUGUCUUUGCAGAGAGAAGCUAUACCUUCUUUAAGUUCCCAUGUUUGUCGUUCAUCACCAUUUUGUUUACUAUUUGUGGUCCCAUAUAUCAGUUUAACAUGAGUUAUAAAUGUGUCUGGUUGCUUUGCUCCCAGCCAGAUGUCUCCAAUAUAAACAGAAGUGAGGAAUAUGCCUGCUAGGAAAUAAGAAAAUAAUAGGAUCAAACAAGUUCUGUUUUUAAAAGUUGAUAUAUAUCCUUCCUUCAUUCUGCAUAUUUACAUAGCAGAGUUUCUAAUACCUUUUUUUGAAACUGAACUUCUGAUAUUUAUUAAGGGAACCCAUGUUCCUCCUUCAAGUCAAAGAAAACAGCUUUGUUAGAUGCCCAGGAUAGUUACAAUGUAUUGACUUAAAUUAAAACAGAAAAAUAGCUGUACCAGAAGCUCAUGCAUUAGUAAUUGUUAAGCAUUGUUUUGUCCCUAACUAUAUUGAGCAGACUCAGGAUUGUUUAAUUUCUCAAAUCAA